GUCGCUCUUUUCAGCACUGUUACACGCGUUGCCAACUGAAUUGUCAAAAGCGGCAGCGCUCUCUCUCACAUUUCGUUGCGUGCGGUUUUAGUUGUUCAUUUCCAUAAAACUUGUGCUUAGUUUCAUAUUGUAAGGGCGCAUAAAUUCGAUAAAAAAAAUAUAAUGGCUGCUCAAUUCUUCAAUCGCAUAGGACAAAUGGGUCUCGGCGUGGCCAUUGUAGGCGGCGUUGUGAAUUCUGCAUUAUAUAACGUUGAUGGUGGACAUCGUGCGGUUAUAUUCGAUCGUUUCACCGGCAUUAAGGAGCAUGUUGUAGGCGAGGGUACACAUUUCUUCAUUCCCUGGGUGCAGCGCCCAAUCAUCUACGAUAUCCGGUCCCAGCCCCGUAACGUGCCGGUAAUAACCGGCAGCAAAGAUUUGCAGAAUGUCAACAUCACAUUGCGUAUUCUGUAUCGUCCCAUCCCAGAAGAGCUACCCAAGAUUUAUACGAUAUUGGGUCAGGAUUACGAUGAGCGUGUGUUGCCUUCGAUUGCCCCUGAGGUGCUGAAGGCGGUCGUCGCACAAUUUGAUGCUGGCGAGCUGAUUACACAGCGUGAGAUGGUCUCGCAACGUGUGUCUCAGGAGUUGACCGCGCGCGCCAAGCAAUUCGGUUUUAUUCUGGAUGAUAUUUCGCUGACACACUUGACUUUUGGUCGUGAAUUCACGCUGGCCGUUGAAAUGAAACAGGUUGCCCAACAAGAGGCCGAGAAGGCGCGCUUUGUUGUGGAGAAGGCUGAGCAACAGAAACUGGCUUCCAUUAUUUCGGCAGAGGGUGAUGCUGAAGCUGCACAUUUGCUAGCUAAAUCCUUCGGUGAGGCCGGUGAUGGUCUUGUCGAGCUACGUCGUAUUGAAGCUGCAGAGGACAUCGCCUAUCAGCUAUCAAGAUCACGUGGCGUUGCCUAUUUGCCCAGUGGCCAGAGCACGCUGCUCAGUCUGCCAUCGAAUGUGGCCCAAUAGACCGCUCACAUUGGUUUCUGUUAAGUUGUAACUAUCUGUAGCAUUUAUUAAGUACUUUCGAUUGCGUUUCUACUGAAAUUUGCAAAUUGUAACGCGCGCUCAGGCACUACCAAAACAGUCAAAAUUGCAUUACGUUGGGUCUGCAGAUGCUGUUCUCUUAAUGGUGUAGUUUUUAUUUUUACGUUUAUAAAGAGCUGUGCGCGCAUGCUGUUCAAAUUUAUUGUUUACCGACCGAGCCGCUGCGUGUGCAACAUCAAACAACAGACCUAAUAAUUCAACUACACAAAAGACUUAUUCGAUUCCAGUUUAGAGACGGAGCGUGCGCUCAUAUCUGCAAAACGACUAAAAAUUUGUUAUGUGAACAAACAAUAUAUACAAUAAAAUACAAUUACGUUUUAAACA